AUGGAAAAAGCCCUUAACAACAGAUUUCUCACACCCGAAGAAUGGGAAGACUAUGAAGAGAAUACGGGAGUAACUAAUCCCUUUGAAAAUGUCGAUCAAGAAGAUACUUUGCUUCGCCUCCACCAUUCUCAAGUCAGCAUUAAUAGCCCCUCGCCUCGUAGCACCAGCAGCUCGAAUUACUCCACAGCAUCUCUGUCUAAUCCCAGCCCCAACUUUCCCAUAAACUCCCACACAAAGCUAAAAGCCUCCCGAGCCCCUCCCUCCCCAACCCCAUCCUACAAAUCCCACGAUCCACUCCUCAGCAAAACUUCCCCCUCCCUCAUCCCCUCGAGCACCUCCCCCAACCAACCAAAAACAACCCGCAUGAUCCGCCUCCCCUCCCGCGGCAUAACCCACAUCAACCCGGCCAUUUCAAAAAACUGGCUACCAAUCCUGCAAUCCUAUCUCUCCUACCCCUUCACCAACCCCGAUAUCCUCGAAGAAGCGCUCGAGACGCCCAAGAACGGUGUCACAUGUGUAGGGAAAACAAGACGGAUAUGCAUGGAUGGAAAUGCAGGGAUGGCGAAAUUGGGAGAGAUGGUUAUGCGGUUAGCAUUGAGGGAGCAGUAUUAUUUGUUUAGUAUUCCUGAUGGUAUGUACUUUUCUUCCUCUUGUUCUCCUAUUCCAUGUUCUUGUUUAUGUGUGAGGAUGUAUAAAAUGGAGAUUUUGUCGGGAAUAUACUAAUAAUUAUUCUCGUUUGAAAUAGCACAAGCGGCUCAAAUAACCAAUCGUGUUCUUUCUCGUCAUUCUCUUAAUGCUUAUCCUACCAUAGCAUCAUGUAUUCGUCCUCAGCCUUACGUUCCGAUAUCUUUUCGUAACAUCAUAGAGCUUGUCAAAGAAGACACGCGCGAAGAUAGUACGCGUGCUAUCAGCAGGGCAGUUAAGGCUGUUAUUGGGGCUGUGUAUUUAGAUGGUGGGAUUGAAAGUGCGAAGGAGGUGAUGGAGAAUUUGCAGAUGGGAAUUAAGUUGCCGUCGGGAAGUAGGGAGUGA